CAGCAGCAGCACCAGUACCGCAGAGCGCCUCGUCCUCGUCGUCCCUUUUCCUUGACCACCAGUACCUAGUACCAGUCGCCAUUCGCCAACCAAGAAAGGAGAGAAGGGAGCAGGAGGAGGAAGAAAGAGCUGGGAGGCCAGGCCUUGCUUUUAGGAUAUAUACGAAUGGCUCCGAGCUGCUACGACGUGGCCGCGUCUAUGCUCCUCUGCGCCGAGGACAGCGUCGACGUCAUGUGCCUGGAUGAGGAGGAGGCGGUGGCGCCGGCGGGGAAGAGGCGUGGCCGGUCGCCGGACGCGGAUUUCGGGGCGGACUUGUUCCCGCCGCAGACGGAGGAAUGCGUGGCCGGUUUGGUGCGGAGAGAGCCGGAGCACAUGCCCCGGGCGGACUACGGCGACAGGCUGCGCGCCGGCGGCGUGGAUCUCCGCGUCCGCGGGGUGGCCGUGGAUUGGAUUUGGAAGGUUUACACAUACUACAAUUUUGGACCUCUGACUGCCUACCUGGCUGUGAAUUACCUCGACCGUUUCCUCUCGCGGUACGAGCUGCCGGAAGGCAAGGCCUGGACGACGCAGCUGCUCUCGGUGGCUUGCCUUUAUUUGGCUGCCAAGAUGGAGGAGACUUAUGUCCCACGAUCUCUAGAUCUUCAGAUCGGCGAAGAACGGUACCUGUUCGAGGCCAAGACGAUCCAGAAAAUGGAGCUUCUUGUACUGAGCACCCUCAGUUGGAGGAUGCAGGCCGUGACCCCUUUCUCCUACAUCGACUACUUCCUGGACAAGCUCAACGGCGGCAAUGCGACGCCUCGAAGCUGGCUCUUCCAAUCGGCCUCGGAGCUCAUCCUGUUGGUAGCCAGAGGAACCGGAUGCCUGGGGUUUCGACCCUCGGAGAUCGCCGCCGCCGUCGCGGCAGCCGUGGUCAGAGACGUGGAGGAUGCUGACCUCGCAAAGGCUUGCAGCCAUAUAGACAAGGCGAGGGUGCUGCGAUGCCAGCAGCAGCUGAUGCUGCAUCAUCGUCGGUCGGCCAUGGCCUCUUCCUCCUACUCCCCUGCGCCAUCGAGCCCUGUUGGGGUGCUGGACGCUAGCUGCCUCAGCUGCAAAAGCGAUGAUGCCACAACUAUUGCCGCACAUGGAAGCUGCUUCCAUGAUGGCUCGCCGGUUACCAGCAAGAGGAGGAAGAUCAGCAUGACCGGUCAAAGCGCCCAAUGAUAGGUCACUCCGCUGUACACUUGUCUCAGCAAAGGGAGCGGACUCCAAAAAACAAAAGCCUGAUGUUUUCGAUUGCAACGACGACUGCAUAAAAAGGAGCCGAAAACAAAAGAAGGGGACCAAAAAGGAGGGAGUUUUGACAUGGCGAGACGGCAGGAAGCUGAUGAAUAAAGAGCCGAGGUUGACAACACCAAAUCGCUGAGCUUUUUUAUGGGAGGCAGCAGCCUCGGUGUGCCCCCCAAAAGAGCAAAACCAAACAAAGCAACGCUUUGUGCCACACAAAGCUAAAUGCGAUUGGAUGAUCAGUAGUUGCUGAUGGGACAUGAGUAGGCAAGUAGUACGAGAAGAACUAGGCACUGACAUCCACUAGUUGUAUUAUAUCCUUUUCAUUUUUCCCUUUACAUUUUGUAAGCGAGGAACUGUCCAUUUUGUGGUCAAGAAUGAUCAUGCAACUGCAUAAUAUAACCCAAAAGAUUCUUUUAAAGACAAUCAGAAA